AUGAGAUCGCUGUGGUUCUUCUCCGUCUUCCUUCUCCUCCGCCUGGGCUCCCCAGGUUCCGAGGCAGCCCCCUCAGCCCCGCCGCCUACGGAGCCCUCGAAGACGUACAACGCCGAGGGUGGAGUAGUCCCUGGAGCGCCCUCCGCCUCAGAGACCUCAACCCCUACCCCUAAGCAGUCGGGGUCGCCGGAAACCCCUCGCUCCAUCCCCCCCCAAACUUCCCGGGCCGAAUCGCCCGAAAGCCCUGACCCUGCUCCCCCGGGGAGUGCACGGCCAGAAUCCCCGAAGGCCUCGGGCUCCACCCCAACGGCAACUUCCCAGGCAGGAUCCCCCGAAAGCCCGAGCCCCAGACCGUCCGGGACUCCGGACUCCUCCGCCGUCCGCCCAGAAUCCCCUGCCAGUCCCAGUCCCGGCCUCUCCGGGGCCUCCGACCUUCCCGCGCAAACUUCCUCCCCAGAACCUCCCGGCAGCCAGCGGUAUGAGCCCGCCGAGACAGCCGUCCCAGCUCCUGAAACUCCCAGUUCGGAGCCCCCAGGACUUGGGCAGGCCGAAUCUCCCGAGGCGCUUAGCCUUCUGCCCCCGGAAUCCUCCCCUGGUCCUCGGUCCUCCGCUUCCGAAACAGCCCGCGCCGCCCCCAGCCUGGCCCCUCCCGAGCCGUCCCAAAUGGGAUCACUUGCUGCCCCGAGCCUGGGCUCCCCAGGAAGCCCUUCCUUAGAGUCUGGGUCCCCCGAGACUCCGGCCCAAGAAUCGGGGUCGUCAGAUCCCCGACCGCCUGCAGCCGCGCGGCUUCUGGAGCCCCCCGCUGCCCCGGAGCCCCCGGCUCGGCUCAGGCCUCUCCCGCGGCGCCGCGGGAGCGACACCGUGAACACCAUCAUCGUAGUGGAGAGAGUGCAGGAGACUGGUGUGACCCUGGUGGGCCGGCCGCGAGGAGCCACGGGCGGGGCUCUGUGCCUCUUCCUGGCCGGGGCCGGGCUCCUGCUGGGAGUUUUCCUGCUCCUUUGGUGUCUAUACCGCCGGGCUGCACGGUCUAGACCCUUCGGACACCACCGGCUGCCGGACGACGGCGAUGAACUAGCUCUCCACCUGGACGCCCCGAAGGAUCCCUACGACCUCCACUUCUACGCCCCGGACGCGUGGGUGCCCUCCCACAUCGCCACGAAGCAGCCACCCGGCACGCCCCCUCUGCCUCCCAAGCUGCCCCCGCCCCCCGGCCGGGCCUCUUCGCCGCCGCGCCUGGAGCCGCUCUCCCCAGCGGCUCUGCCCAACAACUUCGUGUGAGCCCGAGCCUAGCCGCCCGCGGGGCCCAGCAUGCUUUGCGCUUGUAGUCCUGACGUUAGGGGGCGGGGUGGGACGGGGAGGUUUAGGGUGCUUUGGCUUCCGUUCCUGGGGACCCCCCUGAUUCCGAAUUAAAAAGGA